CAAGUAAAUAUAUGUGACCUUGACUAUACAGCUGAUUCAACGCCAUUUUAAUCCAAUCAGAAUGUUAUUGAGGUAAUUUAACUUAUCAAUAAAAAAUGGCAGAAGCUGCAGAGCCUGAUCCAAAUAAUAAACCAACAUGCGUUAUAAUAUUGGGAAUGGCAGGUUCAGGCAAAACCUCGUUUGUCAAAAAGCUCUCUUCCUACAAAUAUGAUCAAUAUAAACCGUAUGUGAUAAACUUAGAUCCAGCUUGCAAUGAGACUCCUUACCAUUCCCACAUUGAUAUAAGGGAUACUGUAAAUUAUAAAGAAGUAAUGAAACAGUAUGGACUUGGUCCAAACGGUGGCAUUGUCACAGCUUUAAAUUUAUUUACAACCAAAUUUGAUAAAGUUAUAGAGUUAAUAGAAACUGCAGGCAAAAAUGGUCAUAAAUAUUGUAUUAUCGAUACUCCAGGGCAAAUUGAAGUAUUCACUUGGUCAGCAUCAGGUGUAAUUAUUACAGAAGCAUUAGCUGCUCACUUUCCGACUUUGAUAGUUUAUGUAAUGGAUACAGCACGUAGUGUUAGUCCAGUUACAUUUAUGUCGAAUAUGCUUUAUGCCUGUUCAAUAUUGUAUAAAUCAAAACUUCCAUUCAUUGUGGUAAUGAAUAAAAUUGACAUAGUUGAUCACAGUUUUGCAAUUGACUGGAUGCAAGAUUUUGAAAUAUUUCAAGAAGCCUUAGAAACUGAAAAAAGCUAUAUGGGAAACUUAACACGAUCUAUGUCUCUUGUUCUUGAUGAAUUUUAUCAAAAUUUAAGUGUGUGUGGAGUAUCAUCAUUGACUGGAGUGGGGCUGAAUCAAUUUUUUUCUAAAUUAGAAGAUGCUGCUCAAGAAUAUGAAAAUGUGUACAAAGUUGAGUAUGAGAAAAUGAAACAGAAUAAAUUGGAAAAAGAGCAGUCCGCAUUAGAAAACAACUUGAAGGAAACUUUGAAGAAUUCUAAAGGAAAAGAAGUUUCAUUAACUGGAUUUUUUAAUAGUGUGCCAAGUACAACAUCUGAAGUUUUCCUUAAAAAUGCAAAUUCUUCAGAUGAUGAAGAUGAUGAGGAAGGAGUAGAAAUAGAUGAUGACGAAAUCAAGGAGGCAGAAUCUUUUCAAAAGUUCUUAGAGGAGCAUGGUAUUAAGAAAACAUGAUUUUUAAGCUGGCAAAUGUUAUUUAUGUAUUCAAAAUAAAAUUAAGACAAU